AUGCCCGUUUUAAAGUUCACAAAAAUAUUCAUAAGGAUGAUCCUGAAGGAUCUCUCUCUUGACUGGACUCUUUGUGCUAGUUUUGAUCUCGAAAAAGUACUUAACACAUCCUAUGCACAAUAUAUGCUUUUGUACUACAGUAGAAAACUAGCUGUGUACAAUUUGUGUGUUUAUGAAAAUGGAACUCGUAAAGUUUUCUGUUACUACUGGGAUGAGAGCAAUGGUAAGCGUGGCGCUAACGAGAUUGCAUCUAUAUUACACAAAUAUAUUCAAUUGGUAGAUGCCAGAGGAAACGUCACUCGAUUACUUCUGUAUGGUGACUGUUGUCCGGGCCAAAACCGUAACCGUACUGUGUUGGCAAUGUUGCAUUCAUCAUUACAGGAGUGUAAAAAUAUCGACACUAUUCAAAUAAACUUUCUCUUGACUGGACACACUUACAUGCCCGUAGAUACAGUGCAUGCUAUUAUUGAAAACAGAUUAAAGAAUACAACUGUUUACGCACCAUCACAAUGGUUUACAGUUUUUGCAACUGCUAGACAAGAACCAGCGCCUUUCGAGGUAGAAAGACUGAGUUAUGAAGAUUUUUAUAGAUGGGAUAGUAUGAGUGACAAAUAUUAUGAAGGCAACUUAACUGGAAAAAUAAGCAAGAUCCGAAUUAUGACUUUCAGAAAAGACAAGCAAAGCGUUAAAUAUAAAACAUCUAUGAAUCCUACUGCGGCUUCCUUUGAUAUUGAAGUUCAGUCUAAAACCAAGGUAUCUCUUUUACCUUGUUAUCGAUCGCAACUUCCCAUAUCAAAAGCUAAAUAUGACGAUUUAGUCAAACUUUGCGUGGACAAAGUUAUUCCUAAUUGCUUUAAACAUGAAUUUGUGAACAUUCCACGCGCAACAAAUGUUAAAGAUUGUCUACCGGAUUCAGACAUUGAAGAAUGUGAUAUUAAUAUUUAG